CGUGAAUCUCCUAAAACUCUCUUAAACUAAUGUAUACUUGAGUUGGUGCCUAUAACACACUUAAACUCAAAUCCAUUAUAUUUAUAACCGCCACAAUGAAAGAUUUUUUUAUAAACUUGCGAUGUGGAUACAAAGACAAAUUCAGAGGAAAGAAUACUCAUCCAUCACCAAUCAAUGGAGCUUCAGAGUAUCACCUCAAAUUUCAUCCCUUGCUUCUUGGUUGCAGCCAUUCUCUUGACUCUAAUCAAAGAAUUGAAAAGAUCCCAGAAAACCAAAACCAUCCAGAAAUUGCCUCCAGGUCCAUGGAAGCUGCCAUUUAUUGGAUGUAUGCAUCAUUUGAUAGGUUCACUUCCACAUCGCUGUCUGAAAAACUUAGCUCAAAAAUAUGGAUCCCUGAUGCAUCUGCAGCUUGGUGAAGUUUCACUCAUCGUUGUUACAUCACCAAACUUAGCGAAAGAGAUCAUGAAAACGCACGAUCUUUCUUUCGCGACCAGGCCUGAACUUCUUGCGUUCAAGAUCAUCUGCUAUGAUAGUAAAGAUAUUGCAUUUUCGCCUUAUGGUGAUUAUUGGAGACAAAUGCGAAAAAUUAGCGUAUUGGAGCUUCUUAGUGCCAAAAGUGUCCGGUCCUUCGAAAAUAUUAGGCAGGAUGAGGUUUUGCACCUGGUUGAAGCAAUAAGGCCUUUAGCAGGUAAGAAGGUGAAUUUAACUGAACAAGUUUUCUCAUAUGCAAGUUCCAUGGUCUGUAGAGCAGCAUUUGGUCAAGUUUCCAAAGAAGAUCAAUACGAAUUCGUACAAUUAAUGAAGCAAGUGGCAGCUUUAGCAGGAGGUUUUGACAUUGCUGAUCUGUUUCCUUCUUACAAAAUUCUUCAUGUCCUGACUGGAAUGAAGCCUAAAUUGCUAAAGAUCCACCACAAAAUGGACAGUAUAUUUGAAAAGUUAAUCGAGGAGCACAUCAAGAACCAGACUAGGAACAAGAAGUUGGUUGCUGAUGCUAGUCAAGAAGAUCUUAUUGAUGUUCUACUGCGAAUUAGAGAUAGUGGGAACCUUCAGUUUCCAAUCACCAAUAACAAUAUCAAAGCUAUCAUCUUUGAUAUGUUUGCUGCUGGAACUGAAACUUCAUCUUCAACCGUUGAAUGGGCUAUGUCAGAGAUGAUCAGAAAACCAGAUGUGAUGGCCAAGGCGCAGAGAGAAAUCAGGCAAGCCUUCAAGGGAAAGCAGAACAUAGAUGAGGCUGAUGUUCAAGGAUUGAGAUACCUGAAGUUGGUGACCAAAGAAACCCUAAGACUACACCCUCCUUUCCCUUUGCUCCUGCCUAGAGAAUGCAGGGAGCAAUGUGAACUAAAUGGAUAUACCAUACCAAUCAAAACAAAGGUCAUGAUUAAUUUCUGGGCAAUUGGAAGGGAUCCGGAGCAUUGGAGUGAUCCGGAGAGCUUUGUACCAGAGAGAUUUGAUAAUAACCUGGUUGAUUUCACAGGAAAUCACUUCGAGUUUGUGCCAUUUGGUGCAGGAAGGAGGAUUUGCCCAGGAAUGUCAUUUGCUUUGGUCAAUGUUGAGCUUCCAUUGGCUCUACUGCUUUGUCAUUUCAACUGGAGACUCCCGGAUGGUAUGGAGUCAAAAGAAUUGGACAUGUUAGAGAAUAAUGGAAUAACAGCAACAAGGAAAAACAACCUUUAUUUGGUCCCUUCCUUGUAUGAUCCUUCGACUGAUUUGGAAUAAACAGUCAUACGUGCAGCACUUCUUUCAGGGCCAAAGGGGGAUGUGAUAAAAAAUUGUUGAAAGCUUUGAGGAUAUUAAGAUACUAAAUAAGCAAUGUCUAGUUCUUCAAUUGAUAUGCCAUUUUAGCAAAUUAUCUAAAUGGCACUUGAACUGUUAUAUUUGUAUACUUUUUGGCCUUCGACUAUUAAUUGUAUCACAUUACUACUCAAUU